AUGAUGUUCACUCAGACUCUUGGCUUUGCCGCCCUCUUCUCCGCCAUCGCCUCGGCUCUUCCCCAGGACAUGGUCCGCCGCCAGAUGGUUCGCCGAGACGGCGGCGGUGUCACGAUCACCAACAACCUCGCACAGGAUGUCUACGCCUGGUCUGUUGCCGGCGACGUUGGCCCCAUGCAGACCAUCACUAGCGGUGGUGGCGUCUACUCCGAGGCAUGGCGCACCAACCCCAACGGCGGUGGCAUCUCCAUCAAACUGGCCCUUGACCCCCAGCAGAACGAUGUCCUCCAGUUCGAGUACACCGAGGCCGGUGACACCAUCUUCUGGGACAUGUCUUGCAUUGACAUGCAGGCUGGCAACAACAAGUUCACCGAGUUCGGCUUCUCCGUCGUGCCUUCUGGCGAGAGCUCCACUUGCCCCAAGGCCAUCUGCAGUGCUGGUGAUACCGCUUGCUCCGCCGCUUACCUCACGCCCACUGAUGACCAUGCUACCCACGGCUGCCCAAUCAACACUGCUCUUGAUUUGACUCUUGGCCAGUCCUAG